UUCGAGUGGUUGUUUCUGGAAAAAAUUGUGCGCCCUAUUCACGAGAACAUCUGUCCUGAAGUACUGUCUGCUUUGUUGCAUACAUUACCUUGCCUGCAAAAGAUCUGUGUGGACGUCUCACAUAUCGCGCCGUUGUCCGCAUCGUCGAGCCGAGCUGUUGCUAGUCGGAGAAGAUAAAUUCGGAAGGAAGUCAGCGCUGUCCACAGACGGAUAUUUGUCGCACUUCAUAUCUUCACACAACAGUCUGCGAAAGCUUUUCAACAAUCCUAUCCUUCGAAUCUUCGAUACCUGGCAGACUGCGCCCGACAACAGCGAACAUGCCUUCAAAUCCAUUCGCGACGUUCCUAAUCAUCGUUCCCGUCGCCUUCUUUUUGGGCAUCGUCUUCUCUCUCUUCCCUUAUGACUACCCUCUGCUAUGGUCCACGGCCCCCACGCCUACCGCACACUUCGACGCGAUCGAAUCGCAUCUGAAGCUAUUGCACAGUGCGCCGAACCUGAUCGUACGCAUUUUACACAUCAUGGUCGCCAUGGGCUUGGGCGGGUUGAUUUUCAAGCUGUACAAGCCGACCGAGUCGAACAUGCUGUUUGACGGUGGCAGUCUGGUGCUCUACAUGGUCGCGGUGAUCGUCUACAUUGCCAACGUUGUCAAGGGCUUGCGGCUUGUUACCGACGGUAGCUACGGAGUCGGGCUGUCAAGCUUGACGGAAGAUCAACUCGACAAUGUUGACAGAACUGGAUUUGACGUUGAUACUGGGGAUAGUGUGCUCGGUCGCGAAGAUAACCUCAAGGUUCUGGCGGCGAGUAACACUAUUCUCGCGCUGGUGCUGGUCGGUGUUUUGGUCCUGCAAAUCGGCCAAAUGUAUGCGGAUCGAGUGGACGAGCGCACGAUGCGAGAGUUCAAGGAGAAGGAGAAGGCUGAGCUGGAGAAGAAGGAGAGUGAGGCAGCUUCGGGGCAUACUGUGAAGAGACAGGCGGGUGGUAAAGAGGGCAAGAAGACAAAAUGAACGAUCAGGGACAGACUAUGAGGAAAAGGAGCUGUAAUAUUGGUGGUAUGGGUAUGUGGCAUCUCAGAGCCGGGUAUGUCAGGAAAAGACCUCAGUAUUGGAAACGUCUUUCAACCAUGGAGAGUUCGGUCCUUGUGUGCGGCGAUGGCACAACAGAGAAAGCCUGUAUAAAUUUUUACUUCGGCCUUGUAUGCACCAGAACCUAUAUCAAAAUGGCACCACGUAUGGAUAAACAUGCAAAGAGCUCUUCGAAGUUGGAUAGUCCUUCUGUGUAUUCUCUCCACGACGCGUGGAUGGCGUCACCAGAAGGCUCCAGGCACAAGGGAUGAGUUGACUGUCCAGCCUUGCCAGGUACGACUGACUCGUUUGCAGUUCCCCAGGCUGCGUUGUAAUGGUGGGAGGAAAUCGGCACCGGAGUCGGAGAAAGUCGUCGC